GCGGAAUUUGCUCAUUCUGACUGCUGGUCUGGAAGUGCACGAUUGCCUGAAUGUUUCUCGGUAUCGGGAGUGUUUCUGGAUUCUAUGGAAGAGAUGUCGGGAGAAAGUGUGGUGAGCUCAGCAGUGCCAGCGGCCACGACUCGAACCACCUCCUUCAAGGGCUCCAGCCCCAGCUCUAAGUAUGUAAAGCUGAAUGUGGGCGGUGCACUCUAUUACACCACCAUGCAGACGCUCACCAAGCAGGACACCAUGCUGAAGGCCAUGUUCAGUGGCCGCAUGGAAGUGCUCACGGACAGCGAAGGCUGGAUCCUAAUUGACCGUUGUGGAAAGCAUUUUGGGACGAUCCUCAACUACCUCCGGGACGGUGCUGUACCGCUCCCAGAGGGCCGGCGAGAGACCGAGGAACUGCUGGCUGAGGCCAAGUACUACCUGGUCCAGGGACUGGCGGACGAGUGCCAUGCAGCACUACAGAACAAAGACACGUACGAACCAUUCUGCAAGGUGCCCCUGGUGACAUCAUCAAAGGAGGAGCAGAGGCUAAUAGCAACUUCUAACAAACCUACUGUCAAACUGCUGUACAACAGAAGCAACAACAAGUACUCCUAUACCAGCAACUCAGACGACAACAUGCUGAAGAAUAUUGAGCUCUUCGACAAGCUCUCACUGAGGUUCAAUGGCCGGGUGUUGUUCAUCAAGGAUGUCAUCGGGGAUGAGAUCUGCUGCUGGUCCUUCUAUGGGCAGGGGCGAAAGAUCGCGGAGGUGUGCUGCACCUCCAUUGUUUACGCCACAGAAAAGAAGCAGACCAAGGUGGAGUUUCCAGAGGCCCGCAUCUAUGAAGAGACCCUCAACAUCCUCCUGUACGAAUCACAGGAUGGGCGCGGUCCUGACAAUGCCCUGCUGGAGGCCACAGGGGGUGCAGCUGGCCGUUCUCACCAUUUGGAUGAGGACGAGGAGCGCGAGCGGAUCGAGAGGGUGCGCCGCAUCCAUGUCAAGAGGCCGGACGAUCGCACUCACCACCAUCAGUGACUCCCCCCCCACUCCUGUCUUGCACAUGUAUACACACACGUAUGCACACAACGAGUAAGCCCACACCCCGUGCCUUAUGACAAGCAACAUUUGCCCCACAGAAUCCCGGUUCAGUAGAGAACAAUGGAAGCAAUAGAGUCACCCCAGGGACUCCAAUUAAUGCUGGUUCAGUGCGACUGGUGGGAUGCGACCCCAUUAUACAGUCAGUAGCGCUUAACCUGGUCACUCCCACCAUCCCCAGUGCAGACAGCAACUUGACCUCCAGCAAAGAACAUCUGGUCUGCUUGAGACACUCAUCCUCUCCUCAGAGGAACUGUGAAGGGGUCAAGGAGGACACUGCCUGGACUCCACCGCUUGUGGUAACAAUGCGGAUGGAAAUGUUCAUCUUCUCAUUCAAGCAAAUACUCCAGAUCAAAGGCAAGGCUACUUUUACACUGCUGAAGCCCCUGCAUGGUCCAGGUCACAGUCAACAUAUUUGACAUGGAUAAUUUUAAAAUAUGUAGAGUAAAUUUUGUAUUUGAGAGUUGUGUCAGUGCUGUCACCAGGUGUUGCUUAGCAUCAGGUGGUGUGUUAAGAAGAACCGCAAGUGGAUUUCAAUCUCCGCAGUUGUUUGCUCGUCCUGUAAAUGUGUGGUGUAUGUCUCAUUGUACCAGUCUAACUGCAGUCCUAGCAGAGUUCAACACUAGAACAAAAACAAAAUGUGUGUAAUUUAAAUCUGCAGACCAGUGGUUUCAAGUGGGAAUUUGACUUUUUGCCAGAGACGUGCAGAAAAAUUUAUCAGCAGAUUGUGAGCAGAGUGUCUGGAGUUUGAAGGCUUGUUUAAAGUUGAAUCUGAGGAAAAUGACUCAUCUGAAGACUUCUUAGUCCUGUCAUGUUUAAUUAUAUUAUAUAUAUAUAUGUUUUUUAGUUGCGUACUUAGCAGGGAGGUUGUCUUGAGGAAGGUAUAGUAGUCUGAGGGUGGUAAGGAUAUUGUGGUGAAGCGUACCAGUGUACUGUUGGUGUGGACCAUAGGAGGGCGAUGUUAAGUCACAGAGGGCUUUAAUGACUGCUGAAGAGGAUUAAAGUUUUAUUUUGAGAACAGUGGUCGAAAUGUUGCACAGUAUUUCUUCUUUCCCUUAUCCAUCCUACACUUGGAGCUUCACCGGAUUCAUGAGUCUUCCCAGUGAGCUGAAAUGUAAGUUAAAUUUGGAACGAGUAAUCUGAGUGUGUUCAGGUGUCUGAGUAAUUCACACAUAUGUACCUCUGUAACAGUUUUCUGUUUGUAGAAGUUUUUAUGGUGACAAAUGAGGUUUGGUUCAUUACAGCUCUCUAAAGCUAUGUUUUAGUAGAUUCAAGUAUGUUUUUUACAUUUCUUUUCCCAAUGAAAAUAUCUUUGUAUAGAUAUGCACA